AUGGAAAAGCUUGUUUCAAGCUGGUUUAGCAUCCGAACCAUUCCUGAAGGUUAUAUAUUUCCACCAGAUAUAAGACCUGGGAAGCUAAUUGUUCCUCUAUGCAAAACCAUUCCAGUGAUUGAUCUUUCAAUGGCAGAGGCUCGUGAUCGAAACAUUAUAAUCAAAAAAGUUCUCAAUGCUAGCCAAGAGUUUGGAUUCUUCCAGCUGAUCAACCAUGGAGUUUCAGAAAAUUUAAUGGACGAAACAAUGGAUCUCUUCAAGGAGUUUUUCGACAUGCCAGCUGAUGACAAGGCCAGUGUCUACUCUGACGAUCCCAGUCAUCUCCGUAGGCUCUUCACGAGCAGCUACAACUAUGGCCACGAAGAGAUUAUCAGCAAUGGGAAGUUAAAAAACGCCAAACAUCGAGCAGUGACAAAUUCUAACAAUGCUCGGACUACAAUCGUCACUUUCUUUAACCCUUGUCAUGACAGCAUUGUAGAACCCGCUAAAGCGCUGAUCAAUGGAGGGAGUCCUCCGCUAUACAGGGCCUUCCAAUACAAGGAUUUUCUUGCAAACUACACAGCAAAGACUGGUGACACCAAUACUGUGUUGGAGCCUUACAAGCUCCAAGCUUGA